AUGAAUACAUCAAAAAUAAAAGUUCACAACUCCAGGCCAGCUCCUGGAAUACGUUGUGACGGAAAGCUUUUCAGUGGUUAUGAAAUUGGCUUUCAAAAAUUAGUAGAUUGCCGUCGAGUGACUGGAUAUAAGUUUGAUUUCGCAUUGUUGUUGUCAGUUUUUGGUGGGUUGUUUGGGUUGGAUCGUUUCUAUCUUGGAUACCCAGCCCUAGGUUGCUUAAAAUUCUUCACUUUUGGGGGGUUCGGACUGUGGUACCUGUGUGAUAUAUUACUUAUCUCAGUUGAAACUGUAGGCCCUGCUGACGGGUCAUCAUUUCUUCGGCCUUACUACGAUCCUUCAAUAACUCUCCUCCACCGAACUAAUUUCACCGUAUAUUCUGGCUGA